AUGCCUGUGCCUGCUGCUGCCAGCAUCGCUACUGCAAUGCUCUUCUCUGCCAUCCUGCUUCUGACCCUGCUUUCUGAAAGCCUGGCUCAUGGAGAUGCCCCACACUGGGGGACCCCACGCUGCUACUCAGCUGAGGAGCUGCCCCAUGGGCAGAUGCCCCCACACCUGCUGGCUCGAAAUGCCAGAUGGGAACAGGCCCUGCCUGUGGCCCUGGUGUCCAGCCUGGAGGCAGCCAUCCCCAAGAGGCCUCUCAAGGGGCCCCCAGCCAGGUCACAGUGUCCUACGCUGACUCCCAAGCAGGUGCUGCAGGCGGAUACUCACGAGCGCUCCAUCUCACCCUGGAGAUAUCGGGUCGACACAGACAAGGACCGCUACCCGCAGAAGCUGGCUGUCGCAGAGUGCCUGUGCCGUGGUUGCAUCAAUACCAGGACUGGCCAGGAGACACCUGCACUCAACUCCGUGGCCCUGCACCAGAGCCUGCCUGUGCUGCGCCGCCAGCCCUGCUCCCGCCACGGAUCCAGCACCCCCACGCCCGGGGCCUUCACCUUCCGUACCGAGUUCAUCCGCGUGCCUGUGGGCUGCACCUGUGUCCUACCCAGGUCGGCCCAGUGACGUGGGCCAGAGCCCUGAGUUCUUCCUAUUUGUAUCUAUUUAUUGCUAUUUAUUGCCUAGAUGACCUUCACUGCGGACCAUGCCCAUGCUGUCCCAGGGCUUGCUCCUUAAUGGCUCUCCAGGGUCAGCUCACCUUUUCGCCAGGAGGAAGGGGCUGCAAGGAACUCAAGCAUCUCAAAGUGGAGCGCCUUUGCCUGGACCAGGCUCCACUUCUCAGCCAUCAGGCAGGGGAAAGUACCUGCUUCUUCACAAACAUUUAUUUCACAUGGAAGCUGCGCUGUUAAAGUGCAAGACCCUGGGCCAGUGUAGUGGUGCACACUUGUAAUCCCAGCACUUGGGAGGCU